AUGGAUCAGCUAGAAGAAAUAAUUUUAUGUUUUAAAUUUAGUGAAGCAUUUUUUCUCAAAAAUACCAAGACAAUAGAACUUUUUCUAGAAAUUAAUAUUAUAAAACAAGAAAUAAAUUGUAUGAGGGGUGAUGGAAGAAUGAGGAUUAUGGUGGUUGCCACGUAUAUAGACGGGUAUGCUUACAGAUGCUCUUCUAAGGCAUGCAGAUCAAAGGCAAGCCCAAAGAAGGGGUCUAAAAUGGCCAUCCCGAAUAUGGAAUUUGUAAAAAUUCUUAGAAAAAUGUAUUGCUGGGCAUAUGAUUAUACCCUAGCAAGGGUCAUUGAUUUCUGCGAUUGUGCGGAGACUGCCUAUAUUAAAAUCAAAGACCUGAUCUUGCAAGUAAUAUCCGAACAAGAGCCGGAAAUGGUUAAAACAUGUGGAGAAGGUAUUGGGAUGCAGUUUGACGAAACUGCUAUCUAUAAUGGGGAGUUAAUACCUGAUCCAUCUAGUACUCUAGACAACAAACCUAGCGUACAAUGGUUAGUGGGAGGUGUAGAAGAGGGAAACUGUAGGAACUUUGUUAUAAAGCUUGUUCCUGACAUAAAGGUUCCGACUAUACUAGACAUGUUCGAAGAAUAUGUUGUGCCCGGAUCUAUCAUUGUUACCGAUGGUUAUCCAUCUUACCUCAGGGUUGUUACCUAA